AUGGCCGUCGCUCCAGCCUACCACGAAUCCCUUCCAUACAUCGAUCCCGAACCCACCCCAGAAGCCCUCGCCGCCGCCCGCGCCCUCAUCGCCUCCGAACAAUCCUCCUCCUCCCCAUCAUCCUCCUCGCAACAACAACAACUCCCACCCCUCCAAGAACCCUCCUUCUCGCCCGCCAUAGCCGCCCAACUCUCCCGCAUAUCCUCCUCCCAGCCCCCCCCACCCCUCGACCUCUCCCGCUACGAAGCCCAGGAACUCCCCGAACCCUCAUCCUCCUCAUCCGACUCUUCAGACAAGACCGCCCACCACGAGGCCACGCGCCGAGCCCUCCAAAACGCCUUCGUGUCCGCCUCCUACCUCGCCUCCCGCGCCCAGAACCUCGCCCUGCUCGACGCCCACGGCCGCAACGCGUGGCUCCUCGCAAACUACCACCUCGAGGCCGAGCUCCGCUCCCUCGAGCGCGACCUCGCCGCCACGAAGCGCGACAUUGACCUCGUCAACGCCGCCCGCGCCGCCCGCCAGACCGACGUAAAGGCCGAGAUGCAGACGCUGGAGCAGAAUUGGCGAGAGGGCGUCGGGAGGGUCCUCGAGACGGAAAUCGCCGUCCAGGAGCUCAGGGAACAGAUCCGGCACGAGUUGAGGAGCAGGGCCGCCGCCGCCGAGCAGCCUUCUCAGUCAUGA